CACAAUAAAGAGUGGAUCAGGGUGCAUGCAUGAAGACGUGUUUGGAUGUGAAGGAAACGGCGACCACGUCUAAAAACAUCCUCGGCACGUUGGCGCUCUGUUUGGACCCUCUCUGUUGCCGUAGCGGUGAAUUAUUAUUAUUUGAUAUUGUGCAGCGUAAAUUGGAGCGGCUGGAGACCCCGCCCCUUUCAUCCCGGUUCGGACGCAUUUCCCACCAACUGUGUGCAGAGAUGACGGCCAACAGCAGGUACAGGAGCCGCGCGCCCCGCUCAGAGGAUGCAGAGGAAAAAGAUUAUGUCGGCUUUGCAACGCUGCCCAACCAGGUGCACAGGAAGUCGGUGAAAAAAGGAUUCGACUUCACCCUCAUGGUGGCAGGGGAGUCCGGUCUGGGUAAAUCCACUCUGGUGAACAGCCUGUUCCUCACUGACCUGCACAAAGACAGGAAGCUGCUCAAUGCAGAGGAGCGGAUCAGUCAGACGGUGGAGAUCACGAAGCACACGGUGGACAUCGAGGAGAAGGGCGUGAAGCUGAAACUCACCAUCCUGGACACGCCGGGUUUUGGAGACGCUGUGAACAACAACGAGUGCUGGCGUGCCGUCACAGACUACAUCAACCAGCAGUUUGAACAAUACUUCAGAGACGAGAGCGGGCUGAACAGAAAGAACAUCCAGGACAACAGAGUGCACUGCUGCCUCUACUUCAUCCCUCCGUUUGGACACGGGCUCCGCCCCGUCGACAUCGAGUUCAUGAAGGUGCUGCAGGACAAAGUGAACGUGGUUCCUCUCAUCUCGAAGGCCGACUGCCUCACUCCGACCGAGAUCAAGAAGCUCAAAGAGCGGCUGAGGGAGGAGAUUGAUAAAUACGGGUUAAAGGUGUACCAGUUCCCUGACUGUGACUCUGAUGAGGAUGAGGAGUUUAAGCGUCAGGAUAAAGAGCUGAAGGAGAGCACGCCGUUCGCUGUGAUCGGCAGUAACACGGUGGUGGAGGCUCGAGGUCAGCGAGUGAGAGGGAGGCUCUACCCGUGGGGGAUCGUGGAGGUGGAGAACCCGUCGCACUGCGACUUUGUGAAGCUGAGGACCAUGCUGAUCAGAACCCACAUGCACGACCUGAAGGACAUCACCGGGGACUGUCACUACGAGAACUACAGGUCCCAGUGCAUCCAGACCAUGACCAGUAAAAUGAACGCAGAUAAGCGAGUGGAGAGUCCCAUCCCCAUCCUGCCUCUGUCCACACCGGACGUGGAGACGGAGAAACUCAUCAAACUGAAGGAUGACGAACUGAGGAGGAUGCAGCAGAUGCUCCAGAAGAUGCAGCAGCAGAUGCACGAGCAGGACCUGUGACCUCGGACGGCGUUACAUCUGGGAUCGUUUAUUCAGGAGACACGAUCGACCACAGGCUCAAAGCUUAAAUCCAUCCCUCCAGGAGACGUGGGGAGGAACUAGUCACCAGAAUCUUAAAAUAAUACUCACAUAGUAAUAAUCAUCGACUGACAGCAUGCUGGAAGAUGAAUUCUCACCUAAUUUAAAUGUUUCUUUUUUUGCAUUUGUUUUUUAUACAGUCUUUAGCCAGGUGAGUUGUAGUUAGGCAAUAGAGAUUAGUUUGCACUUUGUUACCUUUAAACCACAGCAGACUUGAAAUGCUGAGUGAGACUGAAGCACCUUAGCCUCUGUUCCUUUGAGUAGACGAUGCACUGACCGUGUGGACACCUGCUGUGUGUGUGAGGAGUUUUGUUAUUUUCUUUCUUUAUUUUUUAUUUUACAGGGACAUUGCAUAUUAAUAGACAUUUAGGUAAAU